AUGCCCCCCAAAGCCCCCAAGGGCGAAUACAUCGAAACCGACACAGGCAACAAAAUCUCCCGCCGGUCCCAAAUCCACGGAACCCAACACAUCAUCCUGGGCGGAAAAACAGUAAUCCAAUCGGACGCCGUCAUUCGGGGCGACCUCUACCGCUCCCCCACCAGCACCAGCACCAGCACCACCUCCUCCUCCUCCACCAGUACCACCAACCCCAGCGCCAACCCCACGCACCCACAACCCGCCCCCUCCGUGGCCAUCACCAUCGGCCGCUACAGCUACAUAUCCCGGCAAGCGAUCCUGCGUCCGCCCUCGCGCCUCCAUCGCGGGGUCUACUCGUUCUACCCGCUCAAGAUCGGCGACCACGUGUUUGUGGGCGAGCGCGCGGUGGUCGAGGCCGCGACGGUGGGCAACCACGUGCAUAUCGGCAAGGAGGCGGUGAUUGGGAGUAUGGCCAUCCUGAAGGAUUUCGCGUACGUGCUGGAUGGCGCGGUGGUGGCGCCGGGGAUGGUCGUGCCGAGUUGGUGUGUGGUGGGGGGCGCCCCGGCGAGGAUUGUCGGCGAGGUGGGGGAGGGGGUUGUUGGGAGGUAA